AUUAGGCCUACGCUCCUGUUGUCUGAGACAAGUCCAUCAAGCAGCUAUUAAAUACCAAACGAGACUGCGGUCUUUGUUCAGGAACUUCCUCAGACGCAAAUGGACCUGCAAGGCAAACUGGGGGAUGAAUCCUUGUACGUUAGCACAGCUCUUGUACCCUGCCCUACACAUGGCUGGUGGAAUGCCGCACAGACGUAUGGAUGCACUUGGAUCAGUGAUCAGUGUGACAUGGGCAGCCUUCGGGAGCUCCCUUACCUGCAGCUUUCCCUCCUCUCCACGGAACCAGCACCCACCGUCCUGAACACGGAUUUUGAACUGAACUGCAGCUCCUCAGCUCAGCUCACGAACAGCGCCUCCGUCUGCGCGGCGCUCGCCUCGAAACCAAUGGACGAGAGCAACCUCCCUCGGCAACCAAUGGGAGCGCAGCGUCCGCCCUCGGCAACCAAUGGGAGAGCAGAACCCUGUCCCUGUAGCCAAUGGGCGCACAGCACCCACGGUCCGCAGCCAAUGGGCGGGGCGGCCUGGACGGGCGGGGCCGCGGGCGGCUGGCGCUGCAGGAUCUGCCCCCCAUCUUUGCCUUGGGAAUUGCCCCAGUCCUCCCCUCGGGAACUGCCCCCAUCCUCCCCUCCAGAGCUGCCGCACUCCCGGGUCACAUUCUCCAAGCCCUGGACCAUGGCUUCCAUCAUGUUUGCCCAGUGCAACCGCAGGUGCGCGAGCUCCGUGCUGCUGAUCGUGCUGCUGUGCUGCAUCCUUCCUCCACCAGCACAAGCCGGCAAGAGCUCAGAGGACAUCCGCUGCAAGUGCAUCUGCCCCCCGUACCGGAACAUCAGCGGGCACAUUUACAACAAGAAUGUGUCACAGAAGGACUGCAACUGCCUGCAUGUUGUGGAGCCGAUGCCGGUGCCAGGGAAUGAUGUGGAGGCAUACUGCCUGCUGUGCGAAUGCAAGUAUGAGGAGCGCAGCACCACCACCAUCAAGGUGAUCAUCAUCGUUUACUUGUCUGUGGUAGGGGCACUGCUGCUUUACAUGGCUUUCCUUGUGCUGGUGGACCCUCUGAUCCGGAAGCCGGAUGCGUAUACCCAGCCCCUGCACAAUGAGGAGGAGAAUGAGGACGCUCGCUCCUUGACAGCAGCUCUCACCCCCUCUGGCACCAGAGCCAACACGGUGCUGGAGCGGGUGGAGGGGGCCCAGCAGCGCUGGAAGCGCCAGGUCCAGGAGCAGAGGAAGACUGUUUUUGACCGCCACAAGAUGCUCAGCUAGAUCUUACUGAGUGAUGCAGCACCACUUCCCAAGACAGAGUAGCUCCACUGGCUGAGAUGGACAGCCAGUCAUCCCUCAGGACACAGGUGGUGUUGGACUGAAAGCUCUGACCCUCUCUGAUUUACCAUCUUCAUAGGAAGGAGCAGACCAAAAUGCUUGCCUCUGGUUUUGUCCCCUCUCCCUUCACCUCAACCAGAGGCUCUUUAACUCUUGCCCAGCCGAGAUCUGCACUGAUCGUUUGCCCCGUGGCUGCAUGCGGAUGGUCGGUGGGCGCAGGGCUGCUGCCCUGUUGGGGCUGUCUCCAGCGAGGUGGCAGCCCCAGCGCUGUGCUCAGCUGAAUCCCUGCAGGACCACUUGCUGGGAUCGACAUCUCUGUCAGCCCACCCUGCAUCAGAGAUGGGGUGCUCAGUGCAGUCUUCCUGGGAUAAUUGUUAUGUGGGAUAAUUUAUGUGGUACUUCUCCAGUAUAAAGAAGCCGCCUCCUCCUCCUCCAGUUUGCACCGAUGUUAACUGGGCAUUGUGGUGCUGACACAGGUGUGUUGUGCUGGAAGGAUGAAGUGGGGGUUUCCCUGCCAGUGGUCAGCAGCUGCUUGCACAUACCCUAGUGUAAACAGAGCGGAUUUCCACUCCCUUCGUAGAAUGGUUUGGGUCAGAAGGGACCUCUAAGCCCAUCCAGUUCCACCCCCUGCCACGGGCAGGGACACCUCCCACUGGAUACGGCUGCUCCAAGCCCCAUCCAACCUGGCCUGGAACCCCUCCAGGGAUGGGGCAGCCACCACUGCUCUGGGCAGCCUGGGCCAGUGCCUCCCCACCCUCAGGAAAAUAUUUCUCCCUAAAAUCUCAUCCCAAUCUCCCCUCUUUCAGCUUAAAGCCAUUCCCCCUCGUCCUCUCCCUGCACUCCCUGAUCCAAAGCCCCUCCCCAGCUUUCCUGGAGCCCCUUCAGGUACUGGAACGUGGCUAUAAGGUCUCCUCGGCGCCUUCUCUUCUCCAGGCUGAACAAGCCCAACUCUCAGCCUCUCCUCAUACAGGAGGUGCUCCAGCCCUGGGAUCCUCUUCAGUGGAGUCUGUCCAAACUUACACCAGCGUAACUGAGACUGCAGCUUGUUUCUGUGCAGGUGAAUAUCACAAACUGAUUCAUGCAUUCACAAAUAAAGAC